CGAAGAGUCCAGGUGGAGAAGAAAGAGACGGGUCUGCAGAACACCAUCUUUGAACUGAGUGCACAAGUAGAUGAACUGACGCAGGAAAGUACUUCAGCCAAUAAGAAGUUGCACGACUAUCAACAAAAGCACAGCGAGUUUCGCCGCCUGCUGAUGACCAACCAUGACUUUUUCAGUGGCGGUCCUGCCCAGAUCAUCUCCACGUACCGGCCCACCUUUUUCCCCGGGCCUGACAGAAUGUUACCCAACAAACAAGAAGAUGAGGAGGAACAGAAAGAACUGGAUUUAUUACGUCAGAGGGUGGACACGCUGGAAAAAGUCCAGCAGCAGCAGCUGGAAGAACUGGGAUGUGUGGAGCCUCGGGAGCAGGAAAACAUCCCCCCAUGCUGAUGGCCCCCAAAAAGGUGAAAUGACUUCCUCCACCUUCCCGCAGUCUUCUCCCCUCGGGGCAAACCUGGAGCUGGGACUGCUGGGAUUGUCAGGCGGGACGGAGAUGGAGCUUCAGAAGAUGCUCAUUGAUGAGAGGACCAAGUGUGAACUGCAUCGGCGCAACUACGAAACACUCAAGGCUGAACACAGCAGCUUGCAGGAGGAGUUGAUGCAGGUCCAGGGGGAAGUUGAGUACUUGCAGGCUCAGCAAGAGAAGCUCCAGCUGCAGCUGGUGGAGAGGACAGGAGAAGUUCUGGAGCAAAACAGGGAGCUGGAGGAGCUCCGACUGCAGGUGAUGACUCCUCAGCGGCUGGAGUUGCUCAGAGCUCAGGUGCAGCAGGAGUUGGAGGAUCCUGUCCGAGAACGCUUCUCCAAACUGGAAGAGGAGGCAGAGAAGUACCGCACAGAAUUCAACAAGCUGCGCUAUGGAUACACGCUGCUUAACGCCCAGUUCCAGCACCAGAAGGAGGAAAGCACUCGUGUGCUGGAGGAGCAGAAGCUACGCUAUGAGGCGGAGAUCUCGCAUUUGGAGAAGGACAAGGAGAACCUGGUGGCUCAGUACCAGAAUUUGGAGCCACUGCAGGAGAGGAAAGAAGUGGAGGUUCUGCUUCGAGAGAAAAGCCAGCUCACCCUGCGUGUGAAGGGCCUGCAGGCGGAGGUGGUGGAGGUGCAGGCCCUCCAUCGCAACUCUGAGCAGCAGGCUGAGAAUGUUCAACGUCUUCAAAAGCGACAGCUGUCAGAAUGUCAGGCUGCUUUAAACUCUCUUGAGGCGGAGCGGCAGUCCUUGCGUCUGCGACUGGAGCGCAUGGAGAGCGAGCUGGGAGUGGCUAACGAGCAGCACAACCAGCUCACCCGCCAGUGUCACAAAGCUGAGAAACAAGUCACCUGCCUCACCAACCAGACUGAAAGUCUGAGGCAUUCCCAUAAGAUGGAGGUGGCCAGCGUCAAACUGGAGUGUACCCGCUCUAAAGGAGAGGUGGAGCGGGCGAGAGACACCCUGAAGGGGCAACUUGAUGGUAGAGUCUUGUCAUGUUGUCAGGUGAGCAGCAGUGGCAGCUUCAUGUGUGUGUCAGGUCUGCAGACGGACGUGGAGGUGCUGAAAGCUGCGCUAGAGCGACAUAAGGAGAUUGUUGUGGAAAAAGAGAGGGAGUUGGUCAGGAAGGUGCAGUCUGCACGUGAGGAAGAAAUCUACAAAACCACCGUCUUGCAUGAAGAAAAGCUGGAGUUGGAGCACCGCCUUGCAGAGUUGGAGCAGCAGGUGGCGCUGCAGGAUACCAAAGAGCAAGCCCAGAAAGAGGAAUGGGAGGAGCAUCUUUGCAUUGCCCAAAAAGGGGAGGAGUCUGUGCGCAAAGAACUGCAGACACUCAAAAGCAGAUUCAAGCUGCAAAGCUGUCAGCUGCAGGAGCUGGAGAGACAGACAUCGCUGAUGACGGACCUGAAGCAGAAACAGCAGGAACUCUGCGGGGAACUUGGAACUUUGUCGCGCUCUGAAGCUGAGCUGAUGGAAGCAAACCAGCACCUGAGGGCCAAACUGGACAACAUGAGGGAGGAGCUGAGGAACGUCCGAGCUCAAGCGGAGAGGAGCCAACACGAGGCUGAGAGGCGGGUGGAGGAGAGUCACAUGGAGUGGUUGGAGGACAAACACAAGCUGCAGGAGCGCCAGGCCAAGCUAGAAGAGAAGUACUCUCAGCUGAAAGAAAAGUUGCACAAGGCAGCUGUCGCUCAGAAGAAGAGGAGAAGUCAGAGAGAGAAGAAAGAGAAGAGUCUACAGAAUACAAUCCAGCUGCUAGAAGCACAAAUGGAACAAAUCAAACUGGAAGCUGCUGCUGCCAACAAACGUCCUCUUCAGUGGGAGGAGCAUGCUCAGAUGCGCAGGAGGUUACGGGAACUUCAGAGAAGACACGACGAGUUCCGGCGCCUCCUGCUGGGCGACCACAGUUCCUUCACCUUUGGCCCCGCCCUUCUGACCUCCACGCAAAAGCCCUUUGUGGUGAGGGACAUACCUGUAGACAUAGUGGAGGAAGAGGAGAUGCUUCUGUUGCGUCAGCGCAUGGACCAGCUGGAUGUAGCUCAGCAGCAGCAGCUCCAAGAACUGGGAGGUCUGGUGCACCAGGACCCUCAGGUGGACCUCUGACACCAGGAUCCUCAGGUGGACCUCUGACACCAGGACCCUCAGGUGGACCUCUGACACCAGGACCCUCAGGUGGACCUCUGACACCAGGACCCUCAGGUGGACCUCUGACAGCAGGACCCUCAGGUGGACCUCUGACACCAGGACCCUCAGGUGGACCUCUGACAGCAGGACCCUCAGGUGGACCUCUGACACCAG